CGGCGGCGGGGCGGGGGCUUCCGGCGGGGCCGGGCGGGGGGAGCGGUGGAGGCCGCGGCCGCCCCUGAGCCCCGCGGCGUCCCGGAGCCGGCGCGGGCGGCAGGCGAUCUGUCCUGUCUGACCUUAUGACUCCUGCGUGGCAGUGGCUCUUGGCCCUUGAAGAACGGCAUUUUAAACUGUAGAAGAGGAAGGGGAAAAGAUGGGCCUUUGGGAGCGUCUCCCUGAAAAGAGUCAGCCCAGCCCAGCCCUGCCUCUUUGCUUCUUAGGGAGGAAUUCUGCCACAGAAGGGUUCUGGCAUCGGUGAUGAGCAAUGGGGUAUGAUGUAGCACGUUUUCAGGGGGAUGUUGAUGAAGACCUUAUAUGCCCCAUCUGCAGCGGGGUCCUGGAGGAGCCAGUUCAGGCUCCUCACUGCGAGCACGCCUUCUGCAAUGCCUGCAUCACCCAGUGGUUCUCCCAGCAGCAGACGUGCCCCGUGGACCGCAGCGUCGUGACGGUUGCCCACCUCCGCCCCGUCCCACGGAUCAUGCGUAAUAUGCUCUCGAAGCUGCAGAUCACUUGCGACAACGCUGUUUUCGGCUGUACGGCCGUUGUGCGGCUUGACAACCUGAUGUCUCACCUCAAUGACUGCGAGCACAAUCCAAAGCGCCCGGUGACUUGCGAGCAGGGAUGUGGCUUGGAAAUGCCCAAAGAUGAGCUGCCAAACCACAACUGCAUCAAGCAUUUAAGAUCCGUGGUGCAACAGCAGCAGACGAGAAUCGCCGAGCUGGAGAAGACCUCGGCAGAGCACAAGCAUCAGCUGGCCGAGCAGAAACGGGACAUUCAGUUGCUGAAGGCCUACAUGCGCGCCAUCCGCAGCGUCAACCCCAACCUGCAGAACCUGGAGGAGACCAUCGAAUACAACGAAAUCCUGGAGUGGGUGAACUCCCUGCAGCCGGCCCGGGUGACGCGGUGGGGCGGCAUGAUCUCCACGCCGGACGCGGUGCUGCAGGCCGUCAUCAAGCGCUCGCUGGUGGAGAGCGGCUGCCCCACGUCCAUCAUCAACGAGCUGAUCGAGAACGCCCACGAGCGGAACUGGCCGCAGGGCCUGGCCACGCUGGAGACCCGCCAGAUGAACCGGCGGUACUACGAGAACUAUGUGGCCAAGCGCAUCCCCGGCAAGCAGGCCGUGGUGGUGAUGGCCUGCGAAAACCAGCACAUGGGCGAGGACAUGGUGCUAGAGCCGGGACUGGUGAUGAUAUUUGCGCACGGAGUGGAGGAAAUCUAAGGACUUUCCGAGAGAAACGCUUCGUGCUGACGAGGGAGAGGAGGGGGAAGGUGCGGAGGUGGAGACCGGGGGUAGCCGGUCAGAACUGCUGGUGUUCCCCAGUCACCAACAUGGUUUUCUUAGGGCACUGUCCCCUCGAACCUCUUGCUUCCUAGCUGAAAUGAUUAAAUGCCUCUGGUAAAUACUACUCAGACGUUGGCCCAGCGGUGAGCACACGCCGCAGACCCCUCCGUGUUCGCCCCCUUUUGCAGAUCAGCUUCCCCCGUUCGAUGUCUUUCAAGGAGAGAAGAAGCAGCCGCUCCGCGCGUGCUGCCAGUCCUCAGACCCAGCCUGCGUUUUGGGCCCGGCUCCAGCUCCAGCGCAAACCCAAAGGCCCAGCUCAGCUCCGGCUGUGGACUGACCCCCCACGGCCCCCGGCAGCUCCCGCUUGGCCGGCGGCCGAACCCUCCCUGGGUUUUCUCUCCCUCUCUGGAUUUCCCGCCUCGCUCUCCGGCGUCUCUGCCGCCGUCUCUCCAGGCAUUGCCUCUGAUAUCACACCGUGACGGCAGCAGCGGGCUCUGCUCCCCGCUCCCGCGACCUGGGGAAGGGGCUCGGCCGGGGGAGUCCCCAAACUGGGCGCUCUCGGCGUCGCCCCCGCAGCCGCCGGGAGCUAAACCGGUCCCCGGCACCCGCCGAGAGCUGGGGCCUCCCACCGCGGGCGGGCUGGGUGUCGGGGACCACCCUGCCCCCCCCGGCACGGCGCCCUGCAGCCCCCCGGGCCCCUCUCCCCGUGCAUGCCCCAGCCCCUCUCCCCCCGGGAGAGGCGGGAUCCCCGUGCUCGCCCCCCCCCCAGCUCGCAGCCCCCCACAACGCCGUCCUGCCCCGUGUUUCCGUGUUUGCCGGUGUUUGGCUCCGCUUUCUCUGCUGUUACCGCCGUUAGUUUUCCACACACUUGUGAUUGUGGUUCUGGGGGUUUUUUUUUGUACUUUUUUUGGCUUUUUCUUGUUUUUAUUCCCCCACCUCCCUUUUUAUUUUAUUUUUGAAGUACCGUGGACAGGCACCUCAGAACCUGGUUACGUUUACUUGUUGGGAACUUAAUUUAUUUGCAUUUGUUUUGUUGUUUUUUACAGUACUUUCUCCCCCGGUGUCUGUACUGCCCGGGUCCGGUGCCCGGCCGGCCUGGCGGGAGGCAGGGAUUUAAGUGAUCAAUAAACAGCGUUCUGGUUGCUUUA